AUGCAAUCUCUAUCCAUUCUCCCAAUUCCUCACACGUUCCACGAUUAUGAUGACGAACAAGGAGAAUUCAGUUUCGCAUGCACUAAUCCCCAAGGAAUUCUUAUCUUUGCUGAUGAGAUCUUCCACAAUGGCCAGAUCCGACCCUUCUUCCCUGCUUUCCUUCAUAAUAGCGAUGCCGAUGGAAAAACGUCCUCGACGACGUUGGAGGUGGUAGAGGUUGAGGCUUCCAACAACGAGAGGUGUAAGAAGAGCAACUCCACGGGAUUCUCGAAGCAGUUGAGAUUCCGGCGAGAGUUGAACCCGCGAAGCAACAGCACUGACAGCAAGAACGUUUUCGUUUUCUUGAAUCCUCCGGCACCGGAGCCAUUGAGGUCCGAUGUCGACGAGGCUAAUAAUAAUGAUAAAAAGAAGGGUCGUGGGAAGAUUGGCGGCAAAACGGUGUCGUCGUCGUCUCACGAGAAGCAUUACUUGAAGAAUAGAAUGAGGAAUGAGAGCAUUAAAAGGAGAUCAUUCUUGCCUUACAGGGUUGGAUUCUUAGCCAACAUGAAUGCAUUCAGCAGGAAAAUUCAUCCAUUUUAG